AUGGUUCAGAGAAAUGGAGGAGGAUACUACGCCAAUGCAAUGUUCAGAGAAGCUCAGAGAGUCAUGAAAAAAAUAGAAGCCAACCUCUGGAUUGUUCUUGAUGGGAAAACCAGAGUUGGAAAGAGUGCAGCAGGAAACAGCAUCUUGAGAGGAAAAGUAUUUCAAUCAACAGCUUCCUCUUCCUCUGAAACAUCAGAGUGUCAGAAGGAAACGUCUCUCUUUGAAGGUAAAACAGUGGCUGUAAUUGAUACUCCAGGUCUGUAUGAAACUAAACUAACUAAAGAGGAGGUGAAGAGAGAGAUUGUUAGAUGCAUCUCCUCUGCUGCUCCUGGUCCUCAUGUGUUCCUGGAUGUGAUCCAACCAAACAGAUUCACCAAAGAAGAACAAGAAACUGUGAAAAUCAUUCAGAAGAUAUUUGGUGAACAAGCAGCUGAUUACACAAUGGCCUUGGUAAUCCAUGAAGAUGAUGAGAAUAAAGACACCAUAGAAGAAGCAAUUAAACAUCCAGAUCUCAAAGACUUUAUCAGCCAGUGCCAUGGAGGAUACCAUGUUUUUAACAGCAGAAACAAGGAUCGCUCUGAGGUCAGAGAGCUGCUGAAGAAAAUCAACACAAUGAUUAAGAAAAAUGGAGGAUACUGCUACAUCAACAAAAUGUUUGAAAAGGUGGAGAAAGCCAUAAAAACAGAGAUGGAACGACCAGAAAGAAAACCCAGAGAUGUCAGCCGAAGAAGCAAAAUACAAAGCAGAAAGAAGGAAAGAGUUUACUCAGGGGAACUGGGAUGA